AUGAUAAUAGAACCGUUCCCACUGUUUUUGCUGCUGGCACUUUUUUGUGUUCCUGCUCAGGGCCAAAGGAUUUGGGGCCAAAAUGGUCCCCUCUACGAGUCUACAAAGAAGCUGAUAUCCACUGAGAGUCUCAGGGCCUCCGCUAUCUGGAACCGCACCCAGGAGACUAUCUACUACCGUUCUGAGCGACUACAACUGGCCCUGAACACACUCGACGAGCAGCAGCGACAGGCGAGUGCCCGCCUGGAGGAGUUCUUUGGCAAUCAGUACAGCGCCGAGUGGCGGGCGUGCUCCAAGAAGCAUGAGCUCCAGGUGGCCCACUUCAACCGGGAGCUGGUAGAUAAGUACAGCAUCUGCCGGAACUCCCUGGACAGCAUCAUGGAGCACUUCGAGCAGGAGGUCGUUCUCGAGGCCAACUUUUUGAGCAGGGCUUCGCAGGAGAUCGAAGGAGUCGCCAAGACCUGCAGGACUUGGCAGCUGAAGCAGUCCGGCCUCAAUCACGCCGGAGUCCUUCUAUGCACGGUGUCCGGGAUUGGGGCCAUCAGGCAGCGUCUGGCCAGAAGCCUGGAACUCUGCGAUGAUAUCCUUCUGGAAAUGUCGCUGGAGGAUCUGGACACGCCGAGUUGUCUCUUCUACCAUCACUUGAAAGUGGAGUUUGAUGAGGUCUUUGCUCAAAUCGAGACGUGUGCUGUGGUUUAG